AUGGCUUUGGAUGAGUCUAAAUUCCUCUCCGAAAUUACUGGGAAGAUAUCCAACAUUUUACUUUUGGAGUCUGAGAUUCUCAAAAAUGUGAAGCUUGACACUAAUUUCGGUCCUGGUUCUCGGACAAUUAACACUGAGAAGCUUGACAGGCUAACUGAGCUUUCUCGCGAGUUGUUUUCCGACAUUACUUUCGUUUCAGACGAGUUGCACUCCCUGACUCGGGAGAUUAACCCUUCUUACACUCGCGUAAGUCCUUUCCACUUAAACAAGCCUCUGAACCACAAGGGUCUUAACUCCUUCUCCUACACUCUUCCUCUCGAACUCCAGGCCUCCAAGCAAUUUAACCGGCUUUUACAGCAGUUUUUAAGUCAAUAA